AUGUCUUCAGCUCUUUGUGAUCACUCCAUCUCCAGGCAGAAGAAAGCUAAAAUCCUAGCAUUUUUCUUUAUGAUCACUCCAUCUCCAGGUGGCAGAUUGUCGAGAAGUAGACUAAAAUUACUGACAAGAAUUGAUAAAACAUUUUGGAACAUUGAUGAUGGUGACAAUAAAAAAAUGCAGAAGGUUGAUGGUGGCAAAAGAAGUCUGAAGAAACUCAUAGAAGAAGAAACGUCCAACAGGCAGCACCAAAAACAGCAUGUCAGAAAUGCUGCUGUGGAACAGAUACGAUCCGACCCAAGAAAUGGAAGCCAGUUGGAAAAGAAACAAAAUGUGCAUAAUCUUUUCAAGAAAAAGAUUAAAUUCCAGAACAGAAGCCCAUCAAAUGGACAUGAAAGUCCCCAAGUUUUAAACAGAAUAGUCAUUUUGCAGCCAGAACCAACUGAAACCAGUCCUAGCUCCUCAUUGCAAUCUCAUUACAACUUGAAAAAGAAAAGAGGGAGCAUGAGAAUGACCUCUAACUUUUCUCCCACAGAAAUUAAAAGGAAGCUUAAACUUGUCAUGCAAGAAAGUAGAAAUGAGAAGCAUCUAAUGCAAGGUGUUCUACAUGAGCACCCAUGGUCAGAAGAUAGUGGUAGCAUGACUAGACGAAGAGAUUUUUCAAGAGAACCCUAUUUCUGGAAUGAAAAAAACACCAAACUUUCCAGCAAUGUCAAGAGACACAGGAUAGGCAAGCCAAAAGAUUGUCAACCAAUCAUUGGACAAAAAGAUGCUCCAACCAGCGUUAAGGUUCAAAAAAUCAUAAAAAUGACAAAUACUGAUAACUACAAGCGAGGUAAAUCUAAGGUUCGCAUUCGCAUUGAGGCUGAAAGACAUCUAGCUGACAUGAUCAGAACUAGGAAUGAUGUAUCCAAUUUGUUGAGCAGACAGAUCCCACAAACCUUGUGGAUGAUACUUUCAUUGCCUGAGUAUAAUUUGUCACCUACAAGCAGCCCUGGAAGUGAAAGGGAAAGGAGGCAUAGUUUUUUAAGUGCACAGAUGAGAUAUGAACCAUAUGACAGUUUAUGGAAGAUGAGUGAGAACAUGUGGCAGCCUAAACAAGAGUUCACUUGUAGCAAACCAAGCCCACCGAUGCAGAAUAUAAAUAGUCCAAUGUGCAUCAAUGAGAAUAAUCCUGAGAACAGACUGCAAUUCUCUGACUCAAAUUCAGAUCUAUGGAAGGAGUUUCUUCUUGAUGCAGAACUACAAGGAAGUACUUCUUCAUAUAAACCAGAGUCGAGUACAAAAGCUGAUGUUAAGGUCGCUGAGAAAACUGGUAUUCAGUGCCCAGAAGAGAAUGACCUCUUGAAUGAAUCAUCUGAGCCAAAUAGCAGAAUGGUCAUCACUGCAACUGACCAAGGUGUAGAUAAAAUUAAAAUUUGUGAGGACAAAGGAUCUUCUGAAUGCUUGAGACUGGUAAAUACCGUUUCUAAAGAGGAUCUUCAAUAUCAUUUGAGCAAUCAACUGUUGAGGUGUUCUAUUCAUAUUUACUCGCAAGAAGAGAAUCAGCCAUCUUCAUUUUGCUUAUGUCCCUUCGUUCUGAGAUCUUUACUUAAUCAGAAAAUAGAAGACCAAGUAGGCACUGGCAACAAAACAGAACAGCCAAGUCCUGUUGAGCCAUUCACCCUAGGCAAAGUUAUCAGCAAUGGAAUCACAGGAUUCCAACCAGUGUUACAAACCUCUGGCUUGAGCUGGGACAAACUCUUGGUGAGGUCAAGGUGGCAUUCUUCAGACCAGCUGCUUGACACUUCUUUCAUUGACGAAGUGAAAAUCUUGUCUGGCCAACUUAGUGAUGAUAGGCAGCUCCUCCUUGAUUGUACCGAUGAAGUUCUUCUGGAGGCAUAUAACUGUUCUUUUGGCUGCUCCCCUUGGGCAUCAUUUCUCAAACCCAUCAUUCGGUCGCUCCCAGUAGAGGAAAAUUUCAUCCGUGAGGUACGAGAAGGCAUUGAUUGGCAUCUUCUUCCACAGAGACCACAUCAUACACUAGACCAGAUUGUCAGAAAAGACAUGAGAAAAGCCAACAAAUGGAUGGAUCCCAAAUCCAAUAUCGAGACUAUUGGCAAUGAAAUGGGAGACACCAUUCUGGGAGAAUUGAUUGAAGACAUAAUGUAUCAGAUGUGUGCAUGAAGUUGAACAUUAUAAAAGAUUUUCAAUGUUUCAUUCCAAAAGAUGGCACAACCAGGUCAUUAUGCUCAAGAUAAUCAGUAAAGUA